CUGCACAAGGCAACGGUUUAAGUUCGGCGCUUACCGGUUGAAAGAGAGAAAAAGAAAACGAUAGACUGUCUCCUCAGAGAGCCAAAAAAAGAAGAGAGCGAGAGAGAGAAAAGUGAAAGACCGAGAAACCAGCGAAGAAUUCUUCGUGCGCGAUCGCCGACUUUAAAUAACUUCAGUUGCCCUGCAGAAUUCCCAGCGAUCGGUUCAUGCAGCGGAUUAUCGCGUCGCGAAAAUUAUUUUUUUUUUAAGUUCGGUGCUCGUGCAGUGUGAAUUUUUUUUUUAUUGUUUUGUUUAUCGAGUAUCGACUAACCCCCACUUCCUGGCAUGUCGAGGCAGCAAUUAAAACUAUCCGAAACUCGCGCCAAGUGCUAAAAUCCCAAGGAAGUUUACAGUGUGCGAAAGCAAAUUGCAAAAUCCAGCGAAAUAGCAUUAAGGCCACAAGCCCAAAACAAAAAAACCUAAUAAAAUAUAACUGAAAAAAAAAGAACUCAAACGGACGGACAGCUGGUGUUGGCAGCAGCAGGUGUGAGCGAGAGAGCAACAAUGCACCGCACGCAGCCGCUGCUUCUGCUGGCGCUGGCGUUGACGUCGGCGCUGGCUUUGGCGCAUGCGCAGGCGCAGAAUAUAGAUGCCGACUGCAGUUUCCCGGGAUCGCCGGCGCACAGCAGCGUGGUCUUCUCCAAUGCGAAUCUCACCCAGGGCACGGUGGCAUCCUACAGCUGCGAGCGCGGCUUCGAGCUUCUGGGACCGGCGCGGCGUGUCUGCGACAAGGGGCAGUGGGUGCCCGAGGGCAUCCCGUUCUGCGUUCUGAAUGUUGCUGCUGGCAAAGCGCCCAUGCAGAUUUCAACUGAUGGCGCCGGUGCCCCCCAAAAGGCCAUCGAUGGUUCCACGUCCGCCUUCUUCACUCCGGAGACCUGUUCGCUGACCAAGGCGGAGCGAUCCCCCUGGUGGUAUGUCAACCUCCUGGAACCCUACAUGGUGCAACUGGUGCGCCUGGACUUCGGCAAGUCCUGCUGCGGCAACAAGCCGGCCACGAUCGUGGUGCGAGUGGGCAACAACCGACCGGACUUGGGCACGAAUCCGAUCUGCAACCGAUUCACGGGUCUCCUGGAGGCCGGCCAGCCUCUCUUCCUGCCCUGCAAUCCGCCCAUGCCGGGCGCCUUUGUGAGUGUCCACCUGGAGAACAGCACGCCCAAUCCGCUGUCCAUUUGCGAGGCGUUCGUCUACACGGACCAGGCGCUGCCCAUCGAGCGGUGUCCGACGUUCCGCGAUCAGCCGCCGGGGGCAUUGGCCUCGUACAACGGCAAGUGCUACAUCUUCUACAACCGCCAGCCGCUGAACUUCCUGGACGCCCUCUCCUUCUGCCGAUCCCGCGGUGGGACCCUCAUCAGCGAAAGCAAUCCGGCGCUGCAGGGCUUCAUCAGUUGGGAGCUGUGGCGACGUCACCGCAGUGACGUCAGCUCGCAAUACUGGAUGGGAGCGGUGCGGGAUGGCAGCGAUCGGAGCAGCUGGAAGUGGGUGAACGGCGACGAGCUGACCGUCUCCUUCUGGAGUCAUCCGGGUGGCGACGAGGACUGCGCCCGGUUCGAUGGCUCCAAGGGAUGGCUGUGGAGCGACACCAACUGCAACACGCUGCUCAACUUUAUAUGCCAGCACCAGCCGAAGACCUGCGGACGGCCGGAGCAGCCGCCCAACUCGACGAUGGUGGCCUUGAACGGAUUCGAGGUGGGCGCCCAGAUCAAGUACAGCUGCGAUGCCAACCACCUGCUGGUGGGUCCGGCCACGCGGACUUGUCUGGAGACGGGCUUCUACAACGAGUUCCCGCCGGUGUGCAAGUAUAUCGAAUGUGGUCUUCCGGCCAGCAUUGCCCAUGGUUCCUAUGGUCUGCUGAACAACACGGUGGGCUACUUGAGCCUGGUGAAGUACUCCUGCGAGGAAGGAUACGAGAUGAUAGGACGCGCCCUGCUGACCUGCGACUUCGAUGAGCGCUGGAAUGGACCACCGCCCCGCUGCGAGAUUGUGGAGUGCGACACACUGCCGGGCAAUUACUACAGCACCAUUAUCCAUGCGCCCAAUGGCACGUACUACGGAUCCAAGGCGGAGAUCAGUUGUCCGCCGGGAUAUCGCAUGGAGGGACCGCGAGUGCUCAGUUGCUUGGCCAGUGGCCAGUGGAGCAGUGCCCUGCCGCGCUGCAUCAAGUUGGAGCCGUCCACUCAGCCCACGGCUGCGCCCACCGUCCCUGUGCCCUCGUCGGUGGCCACGCCCCCGGCCCCGUCUCCGCCCUUCCGGCCCAAGGUCGUCGUCCAGAGUUCCACCACCAGCCGCACCCCCUACCGCCCGGCCGUCUCCACAGCGAGCAGCGGAAUCAGCGGCAGUUCCACCAGCACAGUGGGCACGUACCCGAGCCUCAGUCCCACGCAGGUGGAGAUCAACGGCGAAUCUGAGUCCGAGGAGGACAUCAAUGUGCCACCAGUGCCGGGAACCGUUCGCGAGGAGUUCCCGCCCCGCCGCACCGUCCGUCCCGUGCUCAUUCCGAAGAAGCCGAGCAGCACGCCAGCGGCCUUGCCGCCCACCACCCACCAGGUGCCACCGCAGCCACCCUCCACAUAUGCACCCACACCACCCCGCACCCGAGUCCCGAGCGGAUCAUCAGGGAGCGGCGGAGUGGAGAGCACCACCCGGAACACGCAGCAGAUCAUCGCCAACUCGCAUCCGCAGGACAACGAGAUCCCCGACAGCGUCAACAUUCAGCAGAACCAGUCGCCCAAUGUCAACGUGCCCUUCGCCGUCGACAAUCCCGACCGCAAGGAGACCAAGGAGGCCAAACUCAAUCUGGGCGCCAUCGUGGCUCUGGGCGCUUUUGGUGGCUUCGUCUUCCUGGCCGCCGUCAUCACCACGAUCGUGAUCCUUGUGCGAAGCACCCCGAACAGCCAACGGCGGCACCUAGCCAAACACUUAACCGCUUACCAACAUCAUCAUGCUCAUCAUCACCACCACCAGCAGAUGCAGCAGCAGUUCCAGCAGCAGCAGCAACAGCAACAGCAGCAACAGCAGCAGCAACAGAAGAAGUACCACCAGAAGUACCAGCAGCAAAGUCAGCAGAAGUACCAGAAGUACCAGAACCAACCAAACUGCCAGCCGAAGAAAGCCCAGGGAAUCGGGAUGGGGAUGGGGAUCGGGAUCGGGAUCGGAAUACCGCGGCCCAGUCGACUGCCCAGCUAUGCCACGGCGACGGCCACCAGUGCCACCAGCUACGCCUCCACCGCCCAACUAGCUCAGCUAUUCCCGGGUGGCUCUAGUGGUGCAGGUGCAGGAGCAGCUGGUGGUGGUGGUGGCGCCACGGACUAUGGCAGCAUCGGAUCGGGCAGCGGUGGUGGCCUGGUGGCAGCGCCCUCAUCCCUGUGGUACAACGUACUGGCCCUGCCCUUUGACGACCAGAAGCUGGGGCGGCGGGAGUUCAGCAGCUAUGGGCGUGGCUAUCGCGCACGGGCCGGACUCUUCAGCAGCACCCACAUAAAUCGAACCACGCAACACUAUCGCCAUCGCGCCUCACCCGACUGCAACACUGUGGCCAGCUUCGACAGCUCCACCUCAGGAUCACGCAAUGGACUCAACAGGUACUACCGCCAAGCCUGGGAGAACCUGCACGAGUCCGCCUCGAAGAACAGCUCGCACAACGCUCUGCGCCGCAAGGAGACCCUCGAUCCGCCCAGCAUGACCCGAUCCCGCGACAAUCUGCGCGACAACAUGCAGCGCUCCCGCGAAAAUCUCGACAGAUGCGGCAGGGACAACUACGGCAUGCGGGAUGACUCCGAGAUGGUGGUGUCCUCGGUGGUGUCGGACGUGUGCCUCAAGGGCGAGAAGAAGCGCCACCACCACCACCACCACAAGAGCAGCUCGCGCAACGGCGACUACCGCGACCGGGAUCAGUCCUCCGGCAGGCGCGACCACCACCGACAUAGUGGCGGCGGCGGCGGUGGAGGAGGUGGUGGCGGCGGAGGCGGUGGUGGCGGCCACUAUUGACCAACCAUGGUCAUCACCAUCAACGUGGAGCGGCAGUAGCCAAAACGAGAGUCGAGGCCAGCAGUCGGCGUAGGAAUCGGAUUCGGAUUCAGAUUCGUAUUAAGGAAUCGCAAUCUGAAAGCUGCAGCGAGCGCAACAACGAAACGUUUUUUGUUUAAUUUUAGCAACAGUUUUUUUUCGCGCUUUAGUUAUGUAAGAUCGAGAAAAGGGUUCGGCAAAUUGUGGAGGAGACUUUUCUGUUCAUAGCGAAAAGCAGCGCAAGAGAUCCUUUAACUUGCAAGUCAAUACUUAGCUAUACUCGUAUGCGACAUUUAUUCGGGGCAAAAUACUGGGGCCUCUGGAGAUUUAAGAACCAUAGCUUAAAGAAAUAUCUAGAGAUAUUAGGUUUGUGACUCCAAAAUGUAAUAUUUUUUUAUUUCAUGGUUAAAACUAUAAAAGUAUAUAGUGAUUUAUAAUCACUUAUUCUUUUUUUUUUAAUUUUCUUUCUCUUGUGUUCUGUUUUUGUAGCCCUAUCUAUGGUGACCCUAAAUCACCCAUAAGAAUGUCUAAAAUUUCACAAUAUUUUUAAAUAUUACUGAAAGAUUUAGUUAGAGACAUAAAAGCACCAAGUAUCAGUUUAAAUUGUAUGGUUUUUAAAGCUCCAGGGCUGCGGGGAAGCCCCUCCAUAUGUAUAAUGUGCACUCGUGCUCAGAUUUGGUCCGAACUCGUAUAACUUAUUCGCAAAGCUUUCGUAAGGUUCUUAGUUAAAUUGUCUCUAUGAAUUAGUUGUAUGUAAAGGCGUGAACAGGGCAAAAAGUCGAGGCGUAGUAAUUAGUUGCAAGGCACCAGCACCCACAUCCACCCCAAAACCCCUCCACCCGUCGCCCCUUUCCCCUUUACCCUCUCACCUACCCCCCUCACCCAGCAAGCAGAUCAAAGCUGCAGCCAAAUUAUGUGCAACUUGGUUUCGUUUGAGGUCUCAAGCCAAAUCGACUUGCUCAUAGUCGCAAAUUAGUUACGUAAACAUUAACACUAGAUAGAACCACCCACAUCCAUUUCCCCCCAAGAUAAAUCCACAUUUAAAUCACCUAUCAAUCGCAACCGAUAAUAAUGAAAUCGUAGUACGCGUGCCACAGAACUUACAGUAUAAAAAUCUGCACAGCAUCUGAAGAAUAUAAUAUAAUUAACCCGCACCAAGCUGCACCAUUCCAUUAUUUUUUUUAACCUACAUACCUUUAUACAUAUAUGUGUAUCGCCCUGUAUUUGUAUUUCUAGAGUCUUGUAAUUUGUAGAUUUUGUUCUCGAGUGUGUAUUCGUCGAGCGGUCCAGUGCUAAAAUACCGCUUAGUAUGCAAUAUUAUUUGAAUUUCGUGCAUUAUUUCCAAUGUAAAUAAUAAUAAUUUAUUUCAU